UCUACUUGCUCCGAGGGCGAGACUUCAUUAUUUGGCGCCAAAACACUACAAAGUAAAAGUACAAGGAUUGAAAAUUUGAAGCUUAAACUUAACAUUUAGAUUUUAGGGUAAUUUCAGGGUUCUUUGUGGAUAUUCCGCUGAGCAUUAUUCAAAGAAAAAUGGGGAUUAUCAACGGUUGCGAAACACAUGAUGAAUAUCAAUAUCUGAACCUGGUGAAACAGAUCAUAGAAACAGAUCAAUAAUUUUGUAGGUGAUGAACGUAUAGACAGAACUGGAGUGGGAACCAAGUCUAUAUUUGGAGCAAUGCAAAGAUAUUCCCUCAGUAAUAAAGUUUUACCCCUUUUAACUACCAAGCGCGUUUUCACCAAGGGGAUUAUAGCAGAGUUAUUAUGGAUGAUUUCUGGUUCCACAGACAGUAAAGCUCUAGCUAGUAAGGGUGUUCAUAUUUGGGACGCAAAUGGUUCCAGGUCAUUUUUAGACAAUUUAGGAUUUACAAAUCGUGAAGAAGGUGACUUGGGUCCUGUCUAUGGCUUUCAGUGGAGACACAGUGGGGCUACAUAUAAAGACUGCAAAACUGAUUACACUGGCCAGGGGAUUGAUCAAUUACAGAAUGUUAUUGACACUAUCAAGAAGAACCCUGCCGAUAGGAGAAUUUUGAUGUGUUCAUGGAUACCAUCUGACCUUAAGAAGAUGGCGCUACCUCCUUGCCAUUGCUUAGCCCAAUUCCAUGUGGCUAAUGGCAAACUUUCUUGUCAAUUGUACCAAAGGAGUGCAGAUAUGGGACUAGGUGUCCCUUUCAAUAUUGCUAGCUAUGCUAUCUUAACACAUAUGAUAGCACACAUUACAGAACUUGAGGCCGGAGAAUUUAUCCACACUACUGGCGACACACAUGUAUAUCUUAAUCAUAUAGAACCACUAAAAAUACAAUUAGAAAGAGAACCAAGACCCUUCCCUACAUUAGAAUUCAGCAGGAAGAUUAGCUCUAUUGAUGACUUCAAGAUUGAAGACUUUGUUAUUAAGGACUACAAUCCACACCCUAAGAUUGAAAUGCAAAUGGCUGUUUAAAAUAAAUGUUUCAAUGAUAAUUGUAUUAAAAAAUUAUAUAUUACUAUACAUUUAAGAAUAUAGUAUUUUAGAAGCUUUCUGAUAGCAUUGUCUAAAAUUAAAAAAAAUAAUAUUCUUUCUUCAAGAAUUACACCACCUAUUGGUGACAACCAACAGAAUAAAAAUCAGUGUCGUAGUUUGAGUUCAUUGUAUUAGACUGAAGGACAAACGCAGCGGAAGACUUUGUAUCAUCACAAUAUUAUGUAGUAAUGUUAGUAGUGAUUGUUGAAUUACAUCAUUUUUUUCAGUAUUAUUGUAAGUGGAAACAUGUGAUAAAAAACACAAAUCAUUUCAUAAUUUGCUUUAUUAAAAUUACAUUUAUGAUAUUAAAAAACGCCCAUAACUAAUUAAAUGGCAAUUCAUUCUUAAAAAUAAGUGAUGUCAUUUUGUCAAUACAUUGCAUUUAUUCAAAAUGUUAAAUUCAUAAUAUAACAAAUCUAUAAUAAACAUUUGUUAUCUUACAAUCUAGACAACAUCCUUAUGUAUUUACUGUUUGUACAUUAAUUUCUUAACAUGAUGAAUAUAGUAGAACAAAGACUGCAACAGAAAUAUUUUGUACAAAAAAAAUUGUGUUAAUUUCAUGGAUAUUGUAAUUGACUUUGAUAAAUAAAUGGUAUCAAUGGAAA